AUGCGACGCCGCCCGCCCAACGAACUGCUCGAACUCAAUAACUUUGACGAGGACGCAGUCAGCCCGUCGACCGCUCACCUGAUGGUGAACGCCGUGCACUCGUUCGACGUGCUCGGGCCUAGCUGUGCGCCUGUAGAGGCUCUGGCCGCUGUACACUACUUCGCUACUAAUGUUGAAAGGCCACAUCGGCGGCCAUCAGGCGGUAGUUCUGUGAACAUGGUGAAGCCGGCGUGGACCUGGACCACGCCGGCAGAGGAGGCUGCGCUCGGCUCCCUCCUGCUGCGUCUGGCUGAAGCUGUUAAACCUAUCUGUGCUAACGAGCCCAGAGUACUACGUCUGUCCUCGCCUGUCUAUGCAGUCGGUGACCUACACGGAAAUUUAAGCGCGCUACUGACAAUGGAGGCGGCACUAUGGCCGUCAGGCCCUGCACUAGCAGCCACGCGCAUACUAUUCCUCGGGGACUACGUCGACCGUGGCUCACACGGGACUGAGCUCAUGGCAUACCUACUGGCGGCCAAGCUGCAGCGACCUGACGCCGUGCUCAUGGUGCGAGGGAACCACGAAACACGAGAUAUACAGAAGAUGUUCACCUUCUACAAUGAGUGCAUGGCCAAGUAUGGUGAAAAUGAAGGUCUGAAAAUAUGGAAUGCUAUAAACAAUGUAUUCGACGUGCUCCCGCUGGCAGCUGUUAUUGACGACAAAGUGUUCUGCUGCCAUGGAGGAAUCCCUCCGCCUUGGGUGUGUCCUCUCAUAUCCGCAAUCGACAAGGUACCCGUGCCUCUAACGAAACCUGCUGAACAGAGCUCUAUUGCUUGGGAGCUAUUGUGGAACGAUCCUAUUAAGCCAAAUAAAAUAACAGCGACUCUGCAGCUAGAGUUGUCCUCGAACGAAGGGUUUGCCGCCAACACCAAGCGUGGUACAGGGCAUGUGUUUGACCAGAACGCGCUGGAUCGGUUCCUGUUGGCCAACCAGCUCUCACAUGUGGUGCGAGCACAUGAGCUGCAUCAGAAUGGGUUUAUGUGUCAGCUUCGCGGUCGCCUGGUGUCAGUGUUCUCAUCAUUUCACUACUGUGGUGGUACCAACGACUCUGGUGUGGCAUUGCUCGAAGGCGGAAAACUGAGGCUCAUGCGAGUCAAUACUGACUGA